AGUAUUUGUUGAUUUCAUUAAUAUCUAAAUAAUAAAUUUAGUUUAUUUUUUGUUGUUUGUUUGAAAACUAAAAUUUUUGAAAAAAAAACAAGUUUAUUAUUUGAUUUUAAAUUAAUUAUUUAUCUAAUUGUUUACUCUAUUAAUAAAUAAAAAUAAUGCAAUUAAAUAAUUUACAACAAUUUGUCGCAACUGUAUUGUUAAUUACUUCAAUUACAAUAUUAGCCCGGAUCAGCUGCGAUGACACAUCCGGUGGUGACCAACAAAAACAGUCUGUCCAGCAAAUGAUGUCACUGUUUGGCGAAUACUCGCAAAAGCUGUCACACGCUAUCCAAUUGAUCAAAGAAAACAAAAUCAGCGAAUCGGGCGCCGAAUUGGCCUCAGUUAAGGACACUUUCGGCAAACUGAACGGUUUGGUUAAGUCAAACAAAGAGUUGGCGAAAUUGCCGAUAGCUUCGCAACUGACGGAACUGUCGUCGAUAACCCAAACGUUGGGCGGUCUAGGAGUGGGUGGCGAUAGUAAUCAGGCACUGGACGGUAUGGUCGAUAAGUUGCACAGUGUUUUCGGUAUACUCGGUCAGGUCAAGGACAAGGUCGGCGGCGGUGUUACCGGCGGUGGCGAUGGUUUGGGUAAAAAGUUGCCGCUUUAAGUAAAAGGAUAUCUAAUCUAAUUAUUAUUAUUAUUAUUAAUCUAAUAAUCAGUUUAUUUCAAACAAAUAG